AUGUUAUAUGUGGAGGGAGCCUCAGAAAUUGACCCAAAUGAUCUCCAGGAGCUGUUCCAGAUCACGUCUGGGGAUGUGUUUAGGAUAAACUCGAAUGUACAGUCUUUGGAGAGAAACCUGCGCUCCCUGGGGACUCCUAGCGAUACACCCGAGCUGAGAGACCGCCUGCAUUUCACACAGCAGGAGACCAAUAACACCAUAACUUCUAGCACCAAAUCUGUUCUGCAGCUGUCGGAGAUCGUGAGAGGGUCGUCGCGGCAAGAUCGUCUUCAGCUGGACAGACUAAAGAGCCAAUUAUCAGAUGCCAUCCAGCGCUAUGGGUCCGUGCAAAAGAAAUUAGCAGAUAAAUCGAAAUCUUUGCUCGGCAGUGGACAGAGAAAUCUAAAGCAAAGCCCUCGGACCCCUUUCUCAGACAUUGCGGAUGAUGAGAAGAUCUUUAACGGUGGUGAUGAGCUGUGGCAGAACGAGAGUCCGAGCCAGGAUUUGUCCGAGAUCACAGAGGAAGAUCUUGAGCAAAUCCGUGAGAAAGAAGAAGCUGUAAGGCAGAUUGAGAGUGAUAUGCUGGAUGUCAAUCAGAUAAUGAAAGAUUUGGGAUCCAUUGUUUACGAUCAAGGUGAAUCUAUAGAUAGCAUUGAAGCCAAUAUUGAGAGUGCGUCAUCUAAUGUAGAAUCUGCCAAUCGCCAGUUGGCGAAAGCAAACCAGCACCAAAUUCAAACAGCCCUUCUCAUUUCAUUUUACAAGAGGCGUAACCUUAGAAUGUCCUGUGCACCAAGGAAGAGAAAGGAGAAGUUUUCUCCUCUUGAACUUGAAAUUUUGGUGGCCGAAGUAACAAAAAACCACUCUAAGCUCUACGGAAGUGAGAGGGUCAACCUGAGCCAGCCAGCGAGAGAGCGUAUCUGGUUAGACAUUGCCAAGAAGAUCAACACAGUAGCCCGAUCACCAAGAACCACUAGAGAUUUGAGAAGGAGGUGGGACGACAUGAAAAGACGGACUAAGGAGAAGUUGGCCAUCAUAAAGCGAUCCGUGGUGUCUUCAGGAAGCCUUACUAGGAACUCCAGCCCGUCGGGUUUACAUAACGAUACAAAUAGCGAUGUUUACCCUGGAUUUGGUGGUGAUGAUGAGGACGAUGAUCAUGAUGAAAUAGAUGUGGAAGUUGAUGCACAGCACAUAGCUCUUGAGCUCCAGUCAGAUGAGGAGGAAAAUGGCCCUGGGUGCACUUGGGUGCCUCUAAAAACUAUAGAAAUGGCAGUUUCAGCUGAGCCCGAUAUGUCUGAUCAUCCGGUGAUCAUUCAGACGUCUGCCUCUUCUCCGUCCCCUCCGUCCUCACCUCUGAACCAGAUGAAAUCCACCUACGCGAGGAGGCUUGCCCAAACGUCUCAGCACGCCCGCCGGAAACACGAGGUCUCUGAAUUUGAAAAACAGUUGAUGGAGAGUCAGAUACAGCAGAAUACCCUUUUAUCUUCUUGGUACCAGCAACAAACGACACUCAUGGUCCAGCAAAACCUCAUACUGGAGACCCUUGUAGAGCAAAGUAGACGCUUAGCAGACAAUGUUGAGAUCUUAAACCGGACUUUGGAAAAAAUGGUGGAUAGUAAUCAUUCGCGCAGGGAAACAGUUCACUUUGUACAGGAUCACGCGCAAGGUGCACCUGCCCGCGGCCCCUCGCGAAUAUCCAGAAGCGAAUCUGGUGGACCUUCGGGUAUCGAAGUAUUUUCUGGCAUGAUACUGAAAGUUGAGGAGGAACUGUAAAUGUUUUUGUUUGUUCUUUUUCAGUGGAAAAAUCUUAAGUGACUGACUUUUUGAACAACUUUUUGUAUUCAUGGGGAAAAAGAAACACACACUUUUUUUUUUUUUCUUGUCGGUAGAGGAAAAAGACUCCCCCCGCCCCCCCUUACACAGUGCAUACAUAGAGCCAUUUUUGUAGGUUGUGAAAUACAUUGUGCAUAUUUUCUAUUUGGAUUUAUCGGUUUGUGAGGAAAUAUUUUGUAUGUGUUCUUUUUAUUCUAAGAUAAUAUUUUUUCUUACAUAAAUUUAAAAAAUAAGUUUUUAAAAAAAGAAAAGAAAAAAAAAUUGUCAUAUUUAUCCUACUGGAAUAGGUAGCAUUUUGCAAUUGAAUCGGAUGCAUAAUCAUUAAUAUGUAGCUGAAGAAAAGGUUAUGCCGGAUUCGCACUACAAACCAACAUAUCAGCAUAACUGACGCCAUUUACUAGCCGUGUGAUUCGUGGCAUGCAGAUAUAUGAAAAGACCCUCCUAAUUUUGUAUCAUUUGCUUUUUUUUGUUAAAGAAGAGGCGGUCUGAAAAGUGUUGUUUAACCAAGUAUUUUUUACAUUCAAGAACAAAGCAUUUGAUAGAACUUUGGUAAAAAGGUUCAGAAACUCAUUUUCUGCUGUCCCUAUUUUUUGUUUUAACAGUAUUUUUCUCCUAUGUUACAUGUGCGGAAAGGCCAGAAUUGGAUUUGUUAAUCCAGAUUAUAGGGCAUCAAGUUUUGUGUGAGCAUCAUUUUAACAGUUUAGCGCUAAACCUUGUUACAGACCACGAAAAUCACCCUUAACUCUGCUGUACAAUAAUACGUACCAUUUAUUUUAUCUUGGAUUGGUGUCUGACAUAUAUGGACAGAUGAGAGCUGACUGCUAUGCAAGGCUCUUAUAGAGCCACAGUGGGCACGUGUAGUUGUUCCAAACCUGCCAACCAAAAAAAAAGAAGCGAAUUGAAAUCAAUUUUUAUUUUUUAAUAUUUAUUACCCUUAUAUUUACAUGUAAACCAAACAUUUCUCAUGGUAAUGUUUACAACUGUAUGGAAUAUUAUCCCCCUAAAAAAUGCAAGUCGUUAACCUGUUUCUUUUGUAAACUCGGUUAUAGUCUAGAGUAGGUUUUAAGACCGGUUCAUAAAAAUGUGGAAGUAUUUGCCUUAUCUGAAAGCUCUAAACCAGUUCCUGAGUCUUUUUGAAUAUAUAUUUUUGAAAGUUAUGAAUUGAUCUGUUUUGCAAAGCCAGUUGCAUUGUAAAUGCGGUUCUUCAUGAGGUUUUACUGUAUGAGUGGUUCCCGUAAGCAGAGUACAGUGAUAAACGUCACGGGUAGACGACACCUUUCCGUUAGAUGGCGUUAGGGAAAACCACCCGAUGUUCUGCCAACCAGGUUGUAGCCCAAAGCCUGAGGAGCACGGGAAUGGUUUCAAAUGACCACUGAGCUAAAUUGUGAGUUUAGAUUCCGGAGCCAGCCGCGUCCUGGUAACAAUAGAUGCCGCUGCAGAUAAGAGGGGGAUACGGUCAUUAGGUGGACCACUAUUGGUUGACAUGAUCAUUAGGCUGUCGACAUGGAAAAAGGUUGACAUGAGUUUUAAAAACUAAAAAAAAAUCUUAAUUUUUUGAAUUUUUUCAUACUUUACGAUCCACGUGGACUACGAUUGGGAAUAGUAAUCACCUUUGCAAGCCAUGCGGGGGCAAACGGUGCACCAAUUGGGGUUCCCCAUCACUUUACGAAGAAAACGACACAAAACCCCCCCGUGUUGACCUUUUUCCAUGUCGACUUAAUGACCGUGUUGACCAAUAGUGGUCGAGCUAAUAACCCAUACCUGAUAAAAGGUGACUCUAGUAGUAAUAUCCUAUAAUCCACUGAUUUACCCCAGUGAUUUUGUGCAAACAAAAUUAGUUCAUGGGCGGGAUGUGAUUAAGGGGGACAUUUACUAACCAGUGAUAAGAGCUGAGAAGUGAGCCAGUGGAGAAGUUGCCCAUGGCAACCAAUCAGCACUGAAGUAACAUCUAUAAUUUGCAUACUGUAGAAUUAUACAGAGCUGCUGAUUGGUUGAUGGGGCAACUUCUCCACUGGCCCACUUCUCCGCUCUUAUCACUGCUUAGUAAAUGUCCCCCUAAGUUCGAGUUCAUCGACCGUGCGGGAUGCUGCCCGAACUCAGACAUUUUUUUUAAAGGGACUGCCCCUUUAGAAAAAUGUCUGAGUUCGGGCAGCACCCUCCACGGUCGAUGAACUCAGACUUCAAUACAUCUCGGCCUUGUAUCCUAAUCCUUGGUGCUACGGAAACAUUAAAUAUUUUCCAACAUCCGGUUGCAGUAAAAUAACUAAAAAAUGAGAAUGAAAUAAAUAAAAAUAUCCGUCAUUAA